AUGCGCAAACGACAUUUCGACGCACGCAUGUCAUUGAAGGUUUUUCAGGCUUUAUUCCACUUCCCAACACUUUCUGACACCCCAGCUUUCACGCACGCCUUGUCAUGCGAAACCCCCCCCCGCCCCUCAGGGCAAAGAUGUUUACGGUUACUUUCAGAAGAACCAGAUCUAUCCCCGCGUGUCACCCAACUGACAGAUACUCACAAAGCCGCCAUCCGAGCCAUACGGAAAAUUAAAUAUUUCGUAGCCAGACGCAAAUUUCGAGAAGCUUUACGGCCGUACGAUGUUAAAGAUGUCAUUGAACAAUACUCGGCUGGCCACGUGGACAUGUUGAGUCGAAUUAAAAACCUACAAUUAAGCUGCUCAAAUCGUCAAUCUGCGGUCGUCAUUAAAUUUGGCAGUUCGGGAAGACCAGGGGGAAUUGUAACACGUAUCACACUGGAUCAAAUCCUUGGUAAAUCGGGAAGUAAAAAUAAAGACGUUUAUGAGUCCAAGGUUAGCCUCGCAUCACGUGUUGUCAAGGUAGAAAGGCAGGUAGAAGACAUUGAGUCGAAAUUGGAUUUGCUUAUUGACUUGUACAAAGAAGAUCGACAGUUGGUCCUCAGACGCGUCCUGGGUGGACAGGGAGCUUCGGAAGGGCCACCGGCUGAUAGUCGCAAAAAGCCCCAGCCAUUGUCGUCCAUAAAACCGCGCCCUAUCCUCGUAGACAAACAGUACACCAGCGAGCCGAAUACUCCAACGGACGUACUUUAUAAAUACAAAGGACUGGGACAUGUUCGAAAUCUUGCCUCUCUCUCUCUCUCACUCUCUCUCUCUCUCUCUUUCUUUCUCUCUCUCUCUCUCUCUCUCUCAGAGAGAGAAAGAGAGAGAGAGUUUCUAUCGCUCAAGAAUACCAAAUUAAAUGUUGAGAAAUAUUACACAAUCUUAAAGCAAAGCUUCCCAGGUUUUCUUAAAAACAAAACCACGGAAAGCAGUUUUAACUCUCUCUCUCUCUCUCUCUCUCUCUCUCUCUCUCUCUCUCUCUCUCUCUCAGUCUCUCUCAAUCUCUCUCUCAAUUUUUCUCUCUCAAUCUCUCUCAAAAUCUCUUUCUAUAAAUCUGUCUCUCUCAAUCUCAAUAUCUCUCUCAAUCUCUCUCAAUCUCUCUCUCUCUCUCAAUCUCAAUCUCUCUCUCUCAAUCUCAAUCUCUCUCUCUCUCUCAAUCUUUCUCUCUCAAUUUUUCUUAAAAUCUCUCUCAAUCUCUUUCUAUCAAUCUCACUCUAUCAAGCUCUCUCUCUCUCUCUCUCUCUCUCUCUCUCUCUCUCUCUCUCUCUCUCUCUCAAAUUCCAACUCGACUGA